UCUUCAGGACAUGUUUGUGGUGUUUCUCCCCCUCCCCCUCUUGUUUUGUUUCCUCCUCAGGUUGGGUGUACAGGCUGGAGCCACUUGCCCAAAUUGGUUCAUGAAUCAAGGAGCCAAUCAAGAUUAAAGACAACCGCCAUAUAAGGUGUUCAGCUGAGGCCAGCUGGAGGGGCUUAAGGUUCGUCUAGCUCGCCUUCAGUUGGAAGCACAAGAGAGGGAGCUAGUACGCAAGGCUGAGUUUGAUUACAAACUGGAAGUUCGUAAAUUGGAAAUUGAGGCUGAGAAGGAAAUCAGAUUAAAACAGCUCGAGAUGGAAGCUAUGAAGCUUUCACAGAGCAGAUCAGCUGAUCCUACGCCGGGUUUGCCUGUUAAGAGCAAGUUUGACGUCAGCAAAAACAUUGCUCUAGUGCCGCCUUUUAGGGAAUCAGAGGUGGAUUCCUACUUCAAUGCUUUUGAAAGGAUUGCAGUAGCAUUAGAAUGGCCAAAGGAGAUGUGGGCCGUGCUACUACAGUGCAAGCUCAUGGGAAAAGCACAGGAGGUUGUCUCAUGUCUAUCUACAGAGGAUGGCAUGAAUUAUGAGGUACUGAAAAAGUCCAUAUUGCGUGCUUAUGAGCUUGUGCCGGAGGCCUACAGGCAAAAAUUUAGGAAUCACAAGCGAUCUAAUGGUCAGUCGUAUAUGGAGUUUGCACGGGAGAAAGGAAUGCUUUUUGAUAAAUGGUGUGUUGCUAGUGAAGUAAAGGAAAACUUUGAAUCUCUUCGCCAGUUGAUUCUGCUAGAAGACUUCAAGAAUACAUUACCUGAUAAAAUGGUAGUUUUCUUGAAUGAGCAAAAAGUGUCUUCACUAGCAAAUGCAGCCAUUCUGGCAGAUGAGUUUAUGUUGACACACAAAAAUGUAUUUCUUUCUGCACCUCGCUCAGAUAAAAUUUUGGCCACCCGUCUGCAAAAACCUGAACCUGUUCAGACAGAAGCCCAGGCUAGAAGGCCAAUUCCUCCACGGGAGGUUCGGGAGUGCUUCUUUUGUCAUAAAAAAGGUCAUGUCAUUGCUGACUGCCUUUCCUUGAAAAACAAGGCUUUGUCAUCGCAACCAAAAGGUGUUGGUUUGCUUAAAAAUGUGUCACCCCCUUUCAACCAAAAAAAUAAUGAGAACAAUCUAGAUCCCUGUUUUAAACCUUUUGUUACUCAAGGAUUUGUUUCCUUAACAGGAGACCCCAAAGAUGAGCUAACAGUAAAAAUACUGAGGGACACAGGUGGUUCCCAGACCAUUAUUCGGGAGGGUAUUUUGCCUUUGUCUGGUAAGUCAUCUUGUCAGUCCAGUGUUGUUGUCCAAGGUAUUGGAAUGAAUGUUGUGUCGACACCCUUGCAUAAUAUUCACAUUAGCUCACCUUUUGUGAGUGGUUUUUUCAGAGUCGCUGUUCUUCCCGUCUUGCCCAUAAGGGGGAUUGAUCUCAUCUUAGGAAAUGACUUGGCUGGCGGUAAGGUGUUACCUGUGCCUGAGGUUUUGGAUACACCUGAUACAAGCUCAGAGAGUGAACACCCAAUGGCUCCAGACAUUUUUCCUGCUUGUGUACUAACAAGAGCCCAGACAAAAAAAUAUGGUCUUGACUUGUCUGACUCUUUCCUUGCCAUGGAUCAACCUUCUGAAGCCGUAAGAUCUGAGAGUGGCCGUAGAUCUGAAAGUGUAUUUUCUCUUCCAGAUCUAGACCUGGCAGACUUACCAGUUUCGAGAGAGGAACUUAUCGCCGCACAGAAACGGGAUAAAACUCUGAUGAAAUGUUUUUCUGCUGUUCUUACACAGGAAGAAGCCAGAGGGAAAAAGGUAGCAUUUGUGGUUGACCAAGGUCUUCUGUUGCGUCGCUGGGCUGGUGACAACUCGGAAGACUGGAAUGUCACACAUCAAGUAGUUUUGCCAACGGAGUGUCGCAGGCAGGUACUAGCUUUAGCACACGAUCAUCCAUUGUCGGGGCAUUUAGGCAUAAAUAAAACUUAUAAAAAGGUUCUCAGGCACUUCUUCUGGCCAGGGCUCAAGUCUGCUGUUUCACAGUAUUGUCGUACCUGCCGGGUUUGCCAAGUUGCUGGCAAACCAAACCAAGUUAUUCCCCCUGCUCCUUUGUCACCGAUUCCAGUAAUGGGUGAACCAUUUGAACGGGUAAUAGUUGACUGUGUAGGGCCUUUGCCAAAGACAAAAAGUGGAAACCAGUUUAUAUUAACAAUGAUGUGUGCUUCCACCAGAUUUCCUGAGGCCGUGCCCCUCCGGAAGAUCACAGCUCUUGUUGUUACAAAAGCACUGGUAAAAUUCUUCUCAGUAUUUGGUCUUCCCAAGGUUGUCCAAACUGACCAAGGCACCAACUUUAAAUCGAGGACCUUUGCCCAAGCAUUAAAAGAGUUGGGUAUAGAGCAUGUUACAUCAAGUGCUUACCAUCCUGAAAGUCAGGGUGCCCUUGAAAGAUUUCACCAGACCUUAAAAGCAAUGCUUCGCAAAUACUGUAUGGACACAGUGAGGGACUGGGAUGAAGGCAUCCCACUUCUGUUGUUUGCUGCACGUGAGGCAGAGCAGGAAAGUUUAGGUUUUAGUCCUGCUGAGCUUGUGUUUGGACAUGAGGUUAGGGGUCCUUUAAAAAUUCUCAAGGACAAGUUGGUCUCAACCUCUAACCCUGUAAAGAGUAUCCCAGAGUAUGUUGCAAGAAUGAGAGAGCGCCUGCAGGCAGCUCGCUCUCUAGCUCAACGUUCUUUAACCUCAAAACAGGUUAAAAUGAAAAAACAUUAUGACCGGAAAGCAGUGGUUCGUGAAUUUAAACCUGGUUGGGUGUACAGGCUGGAGCCACUUGCCCAAAUUGGUUCAUGA